AUGAUCGCGCCACCACUCAGUGCAGGCAGAGAUGCAACCGGACCGGGCGCCGGUUACCGGUCCGGUCCGGUCGAGACUUAUCAACCGGCCGGUUCAACCGGUUCCGGUCAAACUGCAGGACCGGGACUGAUUCGAAUAAAAAGAAAAAAAACAGUAGAUCCAUUUGAGAAAUUUCGAGAAAACAAAUCACCAAAACCACCAAAUCUUAUGGAUAUGGUUGAAGACGAGAGAGGCAAUUAUUUACAAGCUGCUGUUAAUAUGAAUGUUAAUAUGUAA